AUGUGCUCCUCACUUGCUGUUGCCUUCAUAUGUGUCAUUGCAAAGUGGGAGGAUCUUGAGUUCUUGCUUUACUACAGGUCUUUUACAAAGAAGCUAAUGUGGUUUGCCUACAUUGCAACCACCACAGCCUUUGCAACCGGUUUAUUCACUGUUGUAGCUCCUCGUCUCCUCUGGCUCGCUAUUGUGGUCUGCGUUCUAACAUCUUUAUUGCCCAUUCUUACUAAGCUUCUUGGUGAAUGGCCCAUCUUGAAAUUGAGAAUUCGGCUGGGUCAUAGUUUCAAGUCUGAGCUACUUGAUAUGGUCUAG